CUGCCACCGAGAUGAAUGCGAAAAGGCGACAAAAAGGACUGAGGUAGUCGGCGACAUACCUAAUUCCGAAUUUUUUAUUCGCGUAAACCUUUUAGCAGUUGUAACAAUUAUAAAUUCGCACUAGCCUUCGACUUGGGGUGUAUUUGUAAAUCAAAACAAAUGUGUUGUCACCCAUUGUGGAGGCGGAAUCACUGCAAGCUAGCUUAGUCUGUCAACCAAUCAGCGCCGGUCUUAGAUGCUACGUCUGCAGCAAACCACACCCCGUGUUCUGGACGUGAGCUGGAACAUUUUGUUUUUGAAGCCAAUUUAGUUCCCUGCUCUUCUUCUGGUAGCAGUAAUACGCUGACUUUGUUCCAUUUUAUACAAAGUAUUGACAAUAUACGUGACGUUAAAGUCUGUUACAGGAUUUAGGCGUGAAGACGUCAAAUUUGAUUAGUUUGGAGCUAAAGUAAUGCAAUGUAAACACGCCCCCCAUCCAUGCUUAUUUUCAAGAAAAAGUAAACCAUGGAUGUCUGCGACGGGAAAAAGAGAAAGGUAAGCGGGAGGUUGCAGGCUUGCAGGAGGAAUGUGGCGAAACGAGAGACGGACAAAGUCCUCCGCUCCCUCAAGGUGGAGGACAAUAACAACCACUCGGAGUCCAUGGAAGAAGAGGACGAUGAAUACUGCUUCUCCAUUAGCUUCCUCCGGGCAGGUAGGCCCGAGCCUUCCUUACCGGUGCCUCCCCGGUACACCUUGAUCCGAGAGGUGGGCCGGGGGAGCUAUGGGGUGGUGUACGAGGCCAUAGCCCGGAAAACCGGAGCCAGGUUUGCUGUGAAAAGGCUCCAGUGCGACGCCCCGGAAAACGUCGAACUGGCUUUGGCCGAGUUUUGGGCCCUGACGAGCCUGGAGAACCGACACCAGAAUGUGGUCCAGCUGGAGGAGUGUGUCUUGCAGAGGAACGGACUGGCCCAGAAGAUGAGCCAUGGCAACAAGAGAUCUAAACAAUACCUGCGACUGGUGGAGACGUCACUCAAAGGGGAGCGCAUUCUCGGUCAUCCAGAGGAGCCAUGUUACCUCUGGUUUGUCAUGGAGUUUUGUGAAGGUGGAGACCUCAACCAGUACAUCUUGUCUCGUCGGCCCGACCCCCAGACAAACAGGAGUUUUAUGCGCCAACUGACGAGUGCUGUAGCUUUCCUGCACAAGAACAACAUUGUUCAUCGGGAUCUGAAGCCGGACAAUAUUCUGAUCUCACAAAAAUCGGGUGCACCUGUUGUCAAAGUUGCUGACUUUGGCCUAAGUAAAGUUUGUGCAGGCGUGAGUCCCAAGAACACUGAGGUGUUGCCCACAGCAGGCAGAGGCAGCCACCAGGACACCAUUGUCAACAUUAACAAGUUAUGGCUGUCUUCAGCUUGUGGGUCAGACUUUUACAUGGCCCCUGAGGUGUGGGAGGGCCACUAUACAGCUAAGGCGGACAUUUUUGCCUUGGGCAUCAUCAUCUGGGCAAUGAUAGAGCGGAUCACAUUCAUUGACGCAGAGUCCAAACGAGAGCUGCUGGGCACAUAUAUACGACAAGGCUCAGAGAUUGUGCCGGUCGGUGAAGCGUUAUUGGAGAACCCCAAGAUGGUCCUCCACAUUCCUCAGAAGGCCAGGAGCUCUAUGUCUGAAGGGGUAAAGAAUCUCCUCCAGGACAUGCUUGCAUUCAACCCCCAGGAGCGACCAGACGCCUGCCAGCUGGAGGUGCUGAUGGACCGGGUCACGUGUGCCGCGUGACUACCCUACCUUCUCAACACUUCCCCUCUUUCUGGUUUUCCAGAUUUGUUUACCGCAUGGAUGUGGACCGCGAGAGAAAGAAACUCUUGACAUUUUGAAACUGUGAAGAACACAACCUUUAUUUGGUACAGAUGUGUUCAGAUGCAUGUGGAUUCCAAGACACUGGGAUGGAAGCAAUAUGCAAAGGAUUCUUCCAGCAUCAACAAUGAUGACUAAUUCACUGAUAGUUCAGUGAUGGUCAAUGUGUUUGGGAUGCGGUAGCCAGGGGUCCAGCUCCUUUUCCUCCAUUUUUUUGCCCGUUUUCUCUCUUUUUAUUGUGGUGCACCCAGCAGUAGCACAGUAUCUUAUGCAACCGGUGCCCUGAGGUGGUUGCUUCCCCCUGUGGUGUUUUUUGGGGCGAAUAACUAUGGUUAGGCCAUCAGUUACCCAAUGUUGUGCCUUAAAGAGGGUAUUCCUAACCAUGUAAAACAUAGUCACUAAAGAGUCAUCUUCCCUUUCAGUGUGAAUUAGCUUCCCACCUAGUGGACGGGAGAGUACAAAGAAGGGACGGGAAGGCCUGAAUGCCUGCAUUUGUUGCCUUGCAAACUUAUCGUCAUGGUUUCCUUGCACACAUCUGAACUGAACAAUUAAAUGUUGUUUUAUUUGACAUGCUUUUAAGUGCAGUCUUUCAAGAUAUAGCACGGUAUUAUAAAACAGGAAUAUCAGUAGCACUGAAUGUUUUUCCAUUUAGGAUGGGCAUUAUAUCCCAAGCCAGGCAAACAUAACUGGGCUAAAGGCCCGACUAUUUGGCACUAUUACAUGUAACGGUGGCGAGCUGACCAAAGAAGACAGAAAUAAAACAGGCAAUUAGCCACCAGCAGUGCAAGACAAAAAUAAAGCUUGGUAAAUACACAAGUAUUUUUAAUUUACAGUCAUCCCUCGUUUAUUGCAUUAGUUGGUUCCGGACUCCACCGUGAUUAGUGAAUUUCCACAAAGAAGGAUUCAGUAUUAAUAAACAAGAAUAUUUCCGUAGUUAGAGCAUAGAAACCGGUUUCUAAAUUUUAUAAAUAUAGACAUGAAAUAACACACAUAGUCAACUUCACACUUAAUAUUUGUUAACACCACAUCGCUAAUGCACAGGCUACUGAGCUAGCUAGUUAGCCUCCCCAAUUUAAUUAUUCUACACUUAAGAAAGUGUUUCAAAAGGAGUGAACUUUUUUCUCACAUGGGUCACGGGGGUGCUGGAGCCUAUCCCAGCUGUCUUUGGGCGUGAGGCGGGGUACACCCUGGACUGGUCGCCAGCCAAUCACAGGGCACAUAUAGACAAACAACCAUUCACACUCACAUUCAUACCUAUGGACAAUUUGGAGUGACCAAUUAACCUAGCAUGUUUUUGGAAUGUGGGAGGAAACCGGAGUACCUGGAAAAAAAACCCUCGCAUGCACGGGGAGAACAUGCAAACUCCACACAGAGAUGGCUGAGGGUGGAAUUGAACCCUGGUCUCCUAGCAGUGAGGUCUGCACGCUAACUACUAGACCGCCGUGCCGCCAGAAUGACAAAUUAAGAAAUUCAACAAAUCAAAAAUGACCACUUCCGCACAGAAUGGGAGAAUUAUUUUUCAUUCUGUCGUGACGGCUGACUCCAUACCGUCAUGGACUAUAAGGUCUUGUCAAGGUCUUGUAAUAUUACUGAUACCUUGUGACCAGAAUACUACAUAAAGCUUGUCUUUCAAUAUUUUUGGACUAAUACUGUAAUUAUGUACAUGGAUUAAUUAUCACGUUGUUGAGUGAGGGAACUAUUUUCAAACCGCGAUAUAGCGAGGGGUGACUGUAUUUAAUGUGUCAUACAAUUCUUAACCACAACAGAGUAGGCAAAAGGUGGCACUGCUGAAAAAAAUUAGUUUUCUAGCAAUCUGGGUGCCCCGUGGCUCCUUGCUGCUCCUAUCAGGUCAGUCCAGGUACUGUUCAGUCAGUUGAUAGUAAUGCCUAACUUUUUGUCAAUAGUAUGUUUUUUUUCCUCCUUUUUCAAUCUUAGUUAAGGGAAACAAACUUAAGCUGUAUUGAGCCAUCUGGAUUUAAAGGUUCUCCAGAUCAACAUUUCCUACAUUCUUUAUUGAAGAGCUUCAUAUGUUUUUAUGUAUGGUGGCUACUCAAUACCAUACUCGAAUACCAGUCCAACCCCCUCAUGGUUUAUAACCAAUUCAUAAUGCAAAGUUCAAAUGCAGGGUGAUGAACUGUUGUAGUCUUUUGUACGGACUAAGUUUUAGUUAAUAAACAUAUAGAGAGCGCUCCACGAACCUUCACUCUAUGCACCUGACCAAAGUAUGACGUAGCAUUUACAGUGAAGAAAAUAAGUAUUUGAACACCC